CUUACAUGAUCUGUGACCUGUCAGUUGUGUAUCGGCAUUGCGUAACAUUUGACAGCUUGACGGAUAAUAAUCCCCAAGCAUACAAGAUACUAGUUGAAAACCAACUUGAUUAAUAUGGAAGAACUUGAAGUUUUGGAGUCUAUAUAUCUUGAUGAUAUCAAAGUAAACAAAGAUGAAGGAGAUUCACCAGUCAGCAUACAAUUACAGUUACACCCAGCCACAGGAGAUGAACUAGACAAAAGAUAUGUUUGUAUGACCUUGACAUUGAACCUACCUCAACAGUACCCUGAUGAAGUACCAGAUAUUGUUAUUACUAAUCCUAGAGGUAUUGCUGAAGAGGAGGUACAAAGUUUACUUGAAGAAUUAGAAAACUUAGCCCUGGAGAGAGUAGGUGGAGAAAUGUUAUAUGAACUGAUUGAGGUUGCCAAGGAGAGUUUAACUGAAGGGAAUGUGCCAUACUGCCCCUGUACAAUAUGUUGUGAACACUUUACAGAGGAGGAUAUGUUUACCAAGACCGAUUGUUAUCAUUAUUUCCAUAACAACUGUCUCCAACGUUAUAUAUCACAUCAGCUUGAUGUACAAGAGCAGGAGAAAAAAUCUCAUAUACAACAUACAGAAAUUAAUGAAGAUGACAAAAAGAUCAAGUGUCCUGUAUGCAGGGAAGAAAUCAGCUAUGAUCAAGAGUUUUUACUAGAUGAUUUCAGUAAUUUAACAAAAGAUGAGACAUUCUACCAGCCAUCAUGCGACCUGAGGGUAUGGCAGAAAAAUAUGGCUGAACUAUACUUGAAACAGAAAGAAAAAGGAGGAAUAAUUGAUGUAGAGGCUGAGAAAAACAGAUAUUUACUCACUGAUUCUGAUAAUGAAAUUCCUAUAAUUGUGUCAAGAGUAAUAUCAGAUAAUACUGAAAAAGACCAAAUAAAGCAACCAAAAGUGGAGAAAGAGGAUAACAUAAAAAGAACUUCAGUCACAUCUAAAUGUCAUAAAACAGGUCGUGGACAAGGAAGACAUGACAGAGAGCCUCAUUUUCGUGGUCAUAGAUUUCGAGAUCGAUAUGAUAGGACCCAUUCCGCUUCUGAUCGACCGAACCAAAGGAGAGAUUAUGAUUAUAGACCAUCAUCAGGUAGACAACAGGAAUAUUCAAAAAGGGAUAAUGAUAAAAGACCAAUAUCUGGUAGCAACUAUAGAAGAGGGUUUGGAAGGGGAAGUAACUCCAAAUCACCUAGAAAUGAUUCUUUGAUUAAGAGUAAGGAUUUUAAAGAUAACAGAAAUGAAAAUUAUAAUCGUAAUGAAAAAAAUGGAUCUGUGGAAGAGAAAUUAACUGAAAAUGAUUCAGAUUCACCAAGGAAUGAGGUCAAAGUGAAUGACAAAAAGAAAAAAGAAAAUGAUGUAAUUAAUAUAAUUGAGUCAAGUGAGUCAACUGCUGAGAAAAAAAUGGGAAAUGCAGAAAAGAGUGAUUCAACAAGUGAUAAAGGUACCAGGGAGAUUAAAGUUGUAACAAAGAAUGAAUCAAAUCUUGAGGAGAAUAUGACUGCUACUGAUUCAAGGAUUUCUGAAAAGGACAAAGUACCAGCAAACAGUUCCAAGCUUCCAGUAUCAAACACACAAACUAAAGAUUCAUCACAGAUUGCUUGUGAUCAAGUUAAGUAUGAUCGAUAUAGAGGUAGAGGUCAAAGGAAGCAUGCUGGUGAAGUUAACAGAGGGGGAAUGAAAAGUCAAGGUCGUUUUAGGGAUGAAUAUCAUCAUGAGAAUUCUAGAUGGAGAGAUCAAGAUCAUUACUAUGGUAACAGAAAAUAUUAUGAUGAUUAUCGUGAUAGUAAACACUAUGAUAGGAGAGGUCAAGGUCAAGAUAAUAGGAAAGGUCAAGGGCAGAAUUAUGAUAGAAAAACUCAAGGGUACUAUGAUAACAGAAAAAGCCAUGAACCAAAACACAGGAGUGAAAAUAACAGAAAAACAUGUGAAGCAAAAGAUCCGGAAAAAUUGUCUUCAAGUGAUUCAAGGUCAACUGAAUCUGCAAAAACUAAAGAACCGGGGAAAUUGUCUUCAACUGAUUCAAAAUCAACUGAAUCUGCAAAAACAAAAGAUGUUUCAAAUUUUGACAAAAGUAAAACUACUCAAGAACAAGGUGCUAAGUCACAUGAUUUAAAUAAGAAGGAAAAGUCGAGGCAUAUACGAAAAGAUGUACAUAGGGAAGAAAAACCAGAAGUACCUCACAGAACCAGUAUUAACAAUUCAAAAAUUAAUUCAGAUAGACAAGAGAAACAAGGAUGUGACAUAGUAACACGGAGCUCAACUACUAAAACAGUUAACAGAACUAGUAGGCCUCCAGGAUUUGAAGUUAAAGGUCCACCACCUGGAUUCUCAGAAAAGUCUGUCAAACCACCACCCGGGUUUUAGUAUAUUGCUUACCACUUCAGCCUGCUUGGCUUUAAGUUAUUAUGUAAUCAGCUCAGUUUAAAAUGUAUUUGAAGCAACAAGAUUUCGCUGUAUUUUAUCAUGAAUGCAAUUGCUCCAUUCCCUCAGAUUUAUUACGGUUGUUCCAUUUAAACAUACAAGUACUGGUGCCCAGGGAAGGCAGUUUGAAAAUGAGGUAACAAUCUAAAGGGACAAUUUGAGAAUUUCUGUUACACUUUCACUGUAAAAAAACACUCACCCAUGAAUGAGAUUUUCAUGAGUCUUCUGUGGUUACCAUGUAUGUUUUUAUGGAACAUCCGUUUGAUAUACUCUCAUAAAUGGAAGCAUAUCUAUGUAUUAAGCUACCCUACUGUCUUUCUGUAUUAUUAGUUGUUGAAUGCAUAGAAAAUAUUUCUAUUUUUAUGACAUAACGAAUUAUUAAAGGUUUUGUAGAAGUUUUCCAGAAAAGUGCAUUGAGGGUUGGAAGGCACACAAAAUUAUCUAUGUAUUUGUGAUUCAAAUGAAUCCAUAUAGAGUGAAUAAUCAGAUUUAUUUAUAUUUUGCAUGGGUGGUGGGUGUUACCUAACAACUAAACAACCUAUUUUCUGGAAACACUUUUAUGUUAUUUUUAGCUUACAUGUUAAGGAAAAUAAAUUGUGUUCACUUGUGUAUUAAUGUUAAAAUAUAACUUACAUUUUGAGUUGGAACCCCCUCCCCCCCUCCUUUAUCCUGGGUUGGAAACCCCCCUUUUAUAAAUGGCUGGAUCCGCCCCUGCAUUUUGUUCAGUAAGUUUGAGUGAUAAGUUAAGGUUUUCGUUACUGAAAUACAAAACAUAUUUCUUUGAACAAUUUUUAUUGUGGAGUGCCAUUUGUAGGAGGUAUUGUUGUUAUUCAAAACCAGGAAUUUAAAUGCUAACAGUUAACACAAAAAUAAUUCCCUUUGAAGGUUUUGAGUGAAUUCUUGUAAAAAUUAAUUAUUAGAAGAUGAUUGCUGGUUGGUGGACUGCCAUUUAAUUUAGUUUAGUAUAGUAUAGUUUAAACAUAUUUAUUCAUGACCAUUACAAAGAUAUCAUCAAACAAAGAUAGAGUAUAAUGUAAGAUUCAGAAACAAUCUGUACAUAGCUUAUAUUGAUAUAUGUUUUCUUGAAAUACCAGUUUACAAUUUCAUGAACAUAGUAUGCUGUGUUAUAAUGUUAUGGAACAGGAAUAAAUAAAUAAUCACAUAAUAGACAAAAGAAGAAAAAAAAGAAAAAAUAAUUAAAAUGCAAAAGAAAGAAAUAAAUAAACUUAAAUAUAUGCAGUUUUAACAAUAUAUUAUUAUUUCAAAAUUGCAUAAAGGAUGAUCAUUUAAUAUCUCUAGAAUGUACAUAUAGAUCCUACAACUGCAUCAAGUGUGAUACGAUAUUUCACCAUUCGAGACCUGCCAAGCGUUUUAGAUAUUUAAAAUUUAACUGUCGAGAGUGGAUAAAUAUCGUAUUGCACGAGAUUUUGUUGUGGAAUCUGUUUCUCUUAUAAUUUAAGUCGACAAUCCUAAUCCUUCUUUUCAAAUGAUCAGAAAGAAGAUGUGUUCUUUCUAUGUGAUGUAAUCGGGCAUGGUUGCCUUUUUUCAUGACGUCACAAUAGGAAAUGCAGAGGAAAGCAAGAAAAUUUAACGUCAUAAUCGAAUUUUGACCAAUGAAGAACUGAGAUCAAACGAACCACACGUUGAUCAAAUAAAAAUAAUCAACAGGUCACGAAAAGAAUAAAUAGACAAAGAAUUAGAGAAAGAGAUAUAUGGGAGUUAAUCACCUACUAUUUCUAGUAAAUGUACUGGUAGUUCCUUAAAAAAUAAUGAUUGAACAACACAAAUUAAUUUAGUUCCAAAAUAACCAAAAUAAAUGGGACUCCAAAACAAAUUUUCAUAGUUACGUUGACUGGAGAAAUUAGAAUUUUUUAUGAUGUGUAAAACAUUUUUAUUCUAUCUGUAUUUCCAUGCAUCUCUAUAACAGGGUAAUUAGUUUUCAUUCAGUGUAUUGUUAAUUUUUGAAAGCUGCAUUUGAAAUUGGUAUUAUUAAACCUGGUAUUUCAAAUGCUAUGAUUUGUCAGCAAAAAGUAUUUAUUUCUUUGUGUUUUCCCUAUUGGUUGUAAGCCCAUUGAGGGUAUCUUUGUAGAUUGCAAAUUUCAUCAUUUCUAAGGCUAAUCCUGUGCACAAUGAUUUAUUCUUGCAUUUUCUGAUUUUCAUUUUCCGUAAAGAUCAAAUUUGCUUGAGCAGAUAUUUAUCACAGUAAUAUCUUAAUUACAAAAUGAAUGAAAAUAAACUUUUCACAAAAUGUUUCCCAACCACUGAUCAGUAUAAACACUAUAACUAUU